AUGCAGACACUUGCCAUCGGAUUCAACCUCUACAUGGUCAGCCAAAAUUGCAAAGGCAGCCCGUCCAAGAACCCAUUGGCCGAGAAGGCCUCCGACUCGGCGGCGACUUCGAAGGACAAAUUGGGCGGCUUUAAAGGCCUCAUCUGUGCGAACGGGAUAGUGCUCGACCAGGUACCGUCAGGAUUCAGGGUCUAG